ACUAUGCGUUGAUGAGACACCUCUGGAUUUGUCAGUUCCAAGGAUUAGUGUUGAAUCAGACAUGCCUAUUGAUCUUGCGAUAUCCCAAAAACCCAACUCAUUGAAUUUAUCUUAUCGACCUAUGGACUUGCGCGUCGCAAAACAUUCGGAUAACAUCAACAAUGCCUGUGAUGUUGAUGACAUUUACGAGGUGGAAGAAGAAGAAGAUGUCGAAGGAGACCCUACUCUACUGAACGAGUUUUCAAUUUACGAAUGUUUUGAAGAAUACCGCAACAUGCAUACCGAUGAUGAGGAGUUUCCCGAUUCAGACGAUGAGUAUGAUUUUCAACCGAGACGCCGAAGCGGAAAACCAAAAUCUAAAAUUACCGUUGGACAUGAUGAACUUGGGCAAAAUGGGACAGGACUGGAAGAAAAAGAGAAUGAAACAAAUAAUACAACCCACAAUAAUUUUGAAAAAGAGCUACAUGAGGCGAAAGUGAAAAAAGUGUCGUUGAGGAAGGUAAACAAACUGCUUAGGCAGAAAGGGAUGGCAUACACUAGGCCUGAUGGAACCGUAGUCCCCGCACGUUCUGUUAAGAAAGGAUGCGAUUGCAAAAUGAAAUGUGCCGAAAAAUACCCUGACACUGUCCGAAAACAACUGCUUCAAAAUAUUUUGGAUCUCAACUUGUCCGGACAAAACCAAUUUAUUGCUAACCAUAUGAUUAUUACUAAAACAAAAGGGGACAGCUACAAUUCUACCUUGGCCGUCAAUUCUGUUCCUGACAAUCAGAAGGAUUUGCAGGUGGAUAUUGUCGAACUGGACAUCGACGAACUAGUGAAAUUAAAUCAGAAUAUGGCGUACUUCCACACAACCUGA